AUGUGUUGCUGCGGUGGCGACGGCGGUGAGUGCCGGCCGCUGGGCUGGCUGCUGGGGCUGCCGUUCGCGCUGCUCGCCGUCCUCGUCUCCAUCGUCGGCGCCAUCAUCUGGAUCAUCGGGCUGCCCAUCUCGUGCAUCUGCCCGUGCUGCCUCUGCGUGACGGUGGUGUUGGAGGCGGCGGUGGAGCUCAUCAAGGCGCCGCUGCACGUCAUGACCUGGUUCACCUCCAAGAUACCCUGCUAG